AUGUUUGCAUUUAAAAUCAAGAUAAGGUCUUUUCUUGGUUUUGAAGAAAAGGAAGGUGACAAAUGUUCAAAUCAAAAAUCAAAUCAAACAGACUCGUUGCCAAAUGUGGUGGCAUCGAUUGACAAGUCUAAAUUGCAACCAAACCUGCCGCAAGAGCCCCAGCUGCCCCAUCAACUGUUAGUAGCAAGCGUCAACACAAUACCCCAACUGAUUCAAACUAAUAUUUUACCUAAAUGGCGUCACCAAUUCUUACCCCUACCAAGUUGGAAAGAGCGUAAGGAUAAUUCUGGAGUCAAUAAAAUACCGCAAUCAAGCUCGAAAAGCUCGAGGCUGGAGAUUUUACCAAACUUACAAAGCCUUAGUAAAGUACACCCAAAUGAAAAAAACUACAUUGUCAAAGCAAAAUUAUCAUUUCCCGUUCAUGACGUUUUUAUCCCAAUAUGGCCGGCAUGGACAUCCUCUACACGAACAAUACCUAAUUGUGAGCGAUACAUGAAUCAUAGUACUGUUGUGGGUAACACUAUAACAUUCAAAAUUGCAUUACUCUCCAACACAAACUAUCUUUUUCUCUAUCCCAAACUUCAACACCCGUAUUCCUCCCUUGUCUUGAAUCAACUUCAAUUGGACAUGAAGCCAUAUGUAAAAAAUAUGAACUUUAAUCAUGAUGCUGAUAUUCUUGUGUGCCAGUUUAAAGACGUAAGAAUGAUGUACAGCUUAUUGUGUUGCAAAAACAAGAUUUGGGGUUCAUUUUUUAUAACCACUGGAGGAGUUUCUGAAACAAACAAAGUUGAGCUUCAAAACAGUUGUGGAAACACGAAACACCCACAACUACAAAUAGUUUCAAACAAGAAGGCGUUAAAAAUGUUGAGGUGCUUUUUUUUGCAAAUGGUUCUUUAUAACCCUGACCCAUUGAACAUACAAUCGUUGCUUAGGAAGAUGAUGUUUAUCUACAAACCAAAGAAUCAAGAAAUACAAGCUAAAAGCAAAAAGAAAAGAAGGAUUACAAUGACAAAGAACAGAAAUAAAAACGGAACUGGAACUGGAACUGGAACUGGAACUGGAACUGAAAAUGAGAAUGAAAAUAAAAGUAAAAGUAAAACCGAGAGUAACAAUAAGUUACGAGAUAAGAAUUAUAUACGCUCGGUGCAAAAUUGCAAAGGACAAAAAGCUGCACAUAAAGAAGCCAAAAAGCGUUUGGUACAAGUUCAAAUUUACGGCAUUUCAUCAAUUAUACCUCCAGAUAUCCUCGUUACAUAUUUCAAAUCACUCGGUGAGCUUACCUCAUAUUCAUUUGCACCUGUUGGAAAGCGUACACGGUUCCAUGUCGUAAGUUUAAAAUAUUUUAUUUCCAAAGACAAAUCAGAAAUCACAAGUAAAAUCGACUCUAAUCUAGGUACUUGCUCGUAA